AUGCCCUCGAAAAACGGCAACAAAGCUGCUGCUCAGGCUGAGAAAGUUGCAGAGAAAGUGGAGAAAGCCGCUGCCUCUGCUGCUCAAACGGUUGAGAAAAAUGCCCCCUCGGCUGCAAGUGUGGUUUCCAACGAAUCCACUGCUGCUUCGAGUAAGGCGGCUGGAAACGCACCAAAGUCGGUGCCUAAGGACGCUGACCCAAGAAAUGUGUUGGAUUACACGCCACAAGAUGAAAUUGUUGCCAAAGUGGCCAAGUUGAGGUCCAACUUCCACACCAAGCGCAAGACGCAUUCAUUGCAAUACAGAUUGAACCAAUUGAGGAACAUCUACUUCGCCGUGAAGGACAAUGUCGACGAAUUAGCGGAAGCCUUGUACAAGGACUUUGGUCGUUCCCACUCCGAAACCAAGAACUUGGAAAUUAAUCCUUUCUUGAACGAAUUGGUACACACCAUGGCUCACUUGCACAAUUGGGCCAAGCCUGAACCAGUGCAACACUUGCCAUUGAUCAUGAAGGCAAACCCAAUCUACAUCGAGAGAAUCCCAUUGGGCACGGUGCUUGUCAUUUCUCCCUUCAACUAUCCGUUGUUCUUGGCCCUCUCUUCCCUUGUUGCCGCUAUCUCCGGAGGUAACUGUGUUGUGUUGAAGGUGUCCGAAUUCAACCCACACUUUGCUCAGCUUCUUACCAACCUCCUUACCAAGGUUCUUGACCCAGACACGUUUGCCAUGGUUAAUGGUGCCGUUCCAGAGACUACUACUCUUUUGGACCAGAGGUUCGACAAGAUCAUGUACACUGGUUCCACUGCUGUUGGUACUAUCAUCGCUAAGAAGGCUGCAGAGACAUUGACACCAGUUCUUUUGGAGUUGGGUGGUAAGUCUCCUGCCUUCGUGCUUGAAGAUGCCACUGAUGCUGACCUUCCUAUCAUUGCCCGUAGACUUGUGUGGGCUCGUUUCACCAACGCCGGUCAGACCUGUGUUGCUGUCGAUUACGUUUUGGCUCACGAGAAGGUGAAAGCUAAGUUGGUCGAGCAUAUUGUUAAGGUCAUCAAAGAGGACUUUUACUCCGGUUUGGAUGCCAAGGACCCCACUUACACUCACAUCAUCCACCUGCGCGCUUUCGAGAACUUGUCCAACAUGAUUGCGAAAUCGAAGGGUAACGUUGUUGUUGGAGGCGACACUAACGCCGCCACUCGCUACAUUUCUCCAACCGUGAUUGACAAUGUUGACUGGGACGACUCCACCAUGCAGCAGGAGAUCUUCGGCCCAAUCUUGCCAAUUUUGGGCUACACCGACUUGGAGUUGGCUGUCCAGGAGGUUAUCAACCGCCACGACACCCCCUUGGCCUCUUACGUUUUCACCUCUGGCCCGCGCGACCGUAACAAGAACCCUCAGGUUGAUCUCAUUCGUACUGCUAUCAGAUCUGGUGGUACGAUCGUGAACGAUGCCCUCAUGCACGUGUCUUUAGCCAACGCUCCAUUUGGAGGGAUUGGUCAGUCCGGUCAAGGUGCAUACCAUGGAUACUACUCCUUCAGAGCUUUCACCCACGAGAGAACCACAAUGGAGCAAAAGCUCGCCAUGGAUUUCACCUUGAAGGUAAGAUACCCACCAUACGAGGAGAAGAAGGACAAUGUGCUAGGCGCUGCGAUGUCGCAGUACAACAACAAGGUGUGGUUUGGAAGAACGGGCAACGUGAACGUCAAUGGACCUGGCCUGAUCUGGAGUGUCUGGCACAACCUUGGUGGUUUGAGAAAUUUGGUGCUGAGCUUUGUGAGCAGCUUGUAA